AUGGAUUCGGAAAGGGAACUUGAAAUCCCUGCAGUGCAGAAGGCGGUCAUCUUUGAGAACCCUGGUCCUGAUGCCAGGAUUGUUGUUCGUGAUGACGUACCAGUCGGAACCCCCGGGCCGUAUGAAGUCCUUGUCAGACUCUGGUGGCAUGAAGGCGUCGGUAGCGUCGUGAAACUGGGAGAACACGUCCCAGAGACUCUUCUAAGGAGAAGAGUCGGAGUCAAGUGGCUUUACAGAGCCUGCGGCGAGUGUUCCGUAUGCGCGCGCGGAUUCUCCAACAACUGCCCGAAGCAGUUAAAUACCGGCAAGCACCGUCCAGGGACCCUGCAGAAUUACGUUGUAGCAGAUUCACGGUAUUUGACUCUGAUACCAGAACGCUUGAGCAGUGCAGACGCCACACCAUUUCUCUGUGCGGGCCUCACGAUGAUGGGCGCACUCUCGAUGCUAGACAACGAGUCAUCUCCCGGUGACUGGGUUGUGAUUCAAGGCUCAGGAGGUGGGCUUGGUCAUCUGGGAGUCCAGAUCGCGAAGAAGAUGAAGCAUCUUCGUGUCAUCGCAAUAGAUACAGGAUCUAAGAGCAACUGGGGCAAAAGCAUGACGGAUGCGUAUUUUGAUUACAAGACUGACGAUCUGGAGAAGUUCGUCAUGGAUCUCACCGGCGAGGGUGCGCACGCUGUGAUUGUGGUUCCUGGCUCAGAAGACGCCUAUCGAGUUGCACCUAAACUUGUAAGGUCUAUGGGAACAAUCUUCUGCGUUGGAUUGCCUCGGAAUGACUUCGAGAUACCCAUCUCAGUUGCUCAAUGUGCUUUGAAAGCUCUGACAAUCAGGGGUGCUAUGGUUGGAACAGAAGAACAGAUGACGCAACUUCUUCUCGCAGCUGAAAAGGGCAUCAUUCGUCCGAAUUGUGACUACUGUUCUUUCCAUGACGUUCACAAGGUCAUGGAUGAGUUAGAAAGCGGAGAGAUACUUGGGAGGACCGUGGUCAGCUGUCUGUGA